AUGAACCACGGGAAAAGGCCACUCUGGCCGGGGCAUUGAGCAAUAUUCAGCGCGUGAAAAGUGACAUUUGGGAAGUGAAAAUAGACGCUGGUAUCGGCAAUGAAUGUUUUUUUCCUCAAGCCCCUAAGAAGCUUGAAGAAAGACGGUUCUCUGCCUUCUCUCCAGUUCCCCCCAUGGCUCCUUGUCUCCUCUCGGAGUGGAUCCUAAUGGUCCUCGCUACAGGACUCACAGCAUCGGGCUCCCCGGGGAGAGGACUGGUGGGUCAGAACGUCACGCUGCCCUGCCGAUACCGAGUUGAUCAUGAAAGUGACAUCACAAGCAUGUGCUGGGGCUGGGGCAGCUGUCCUAUUUCUCAGUGUGCUCAGCCCUUCCUCUGGACAGAUGGAUGGAGGGUAACGUGGCGUCAGUCCAACCGAUACCAGUUAGGGGGGAACCUCACGCGGGGGGACGUGUCCCUGACCAUAGUGAAUGCGGCGGAAGCAGACAAAGGGCUGUAUUGCUGCCUUGUGGAGAUCCCUGGUUGGUUCAAUAAUGAAAAGAACCACCUGGAAGUUGUGAUUGAGAGAGCAAAGACUUCCACUGCACUUCCUCACACGUACCCAUCUGAACGUAGCUCAGUUGUUCCAAAGACCACCGUCAUGCCACCAUGGCUAUCCAUUUCCGGUUCAGAAGCCCCUCAGGCUUGGAAUGUGUCUACAUCAGUCCAGCCACUGGAGCCUGAAUCCAGCAGGUCAGGGAUGUAUCGAAACAGCAUCGUUCUGUCCUUGCUAGGCCUCCUCAUUUUGGCCUUGUGUAUCUUCACAUGCUAUUUCUACAAGACUCAGAACCUGGAGACCGUGGCCAAUGUGUCCUGAGCCGAGAGCCGGUUUGGCCGGGGGUGUGCGUAGCCCAAGGUGAUGGUCAAGGCGGACGUGGUUUUCCUCACAUUAUGCAGAAAUAACACAGGAUGGGUCACCCGGAGGGCUGUAAAGAAUUAUUGUCUCCCUUAUGACUCUUCUCAGCUUGAGCAUGCCCUGGGAUGUAAGGAAUCCCAACUUCCCAUUUCUAGACACUAACCAGGCCAUGAGUCCCAGUGUGACUGGGUAGAGGGGGCCACCCAUCACGAGGAGCAAGAGAGACGAGGGAGUCUCCAUUUCACCUGAGCAGGCAGCCUUCAGACUCCAACAGAGGGAAGAGAUCGUCUGCGGGGUGGGGCAUUGCAUUCAGGUGUUCAUUCAAUGUAUGAAUGUCUUGUCUUGUAUUGUCACAGCAGGCUCUUCUCCAACAUCCUUGAUGUAACCUCUGAUGGGGCUCCAUCAGAGGUUAUGAGGCCUACAACAGCUGCAUCCAACAUCUCAAG